CAACCGGGAAUCCCAGCAAGGUUGCUCGGGGACGCCGCCUAUCCUUUUCUACCGAACCUCCUUACCCCUAUACCUCGACCACGCCAGAAUGGUGCAGCGGAUGAAGGUUUAAUCAACACCUACAAUACCUGUCACUCUUCAACUCGCUUCUUCUGUGAGCAAAGUUUCGGCGUGUUGAAGAGCAGGUGGAGAAGCCUUCAUACCGGUAUCAGGCUCCAGCAAGUUCAAGCAACGAAGGUUAUCGAAGCGGCGGUAGUUCUUCACAACUU